CGCUGCCCGCGCUCGGUGCUGGAAGGGGCGCAGCUGGACAGGGACCGGCCUCGCGUGGGAUCGGGCACGGGCGGGGGAAGGGCUCUCUCUGCCCGGGCACGGCUCUCCCCCGCCGUCGGGAAAGGAGUGCCCCCCACACGUGAGCGUGGGGCUCCAGGGACGAAAAGCUGGUGCUGUCUUUGCUUUCUGCUUUCCAGAAAAUAGCAUUGUCCCUGUGUCCUGCAGCCAUCAAGAUUUUAAGACGACUGGUUUUUAGUCUUUGGUAACAUGGCAAAAGAUGCUGGACUAAUUGAAGCCAAUGGAGAGCUUAAGGUGUUUAUAGACCAAAACCUAAGUCCUGGAAAAGGGGUUGUUUCUCUAUUGGCUGUUCAUCCUUCUACAGUAAAUACGAUUGGAAAACAGCUCCUGCCAAAAACAUUUGGACAGUCUAAUGUCAACAUUGCACAACAAGUGGUUAUCGGUACACCUCAGAGACCUUCAGCACAGAAUACCAUCCUGGUAGGAAGUCCACACACACCUAACACACAUUUUGCAUCACAGAACCAGACUGGAGAUUCUUCACCUUGGUCUGCUGGGAAGCGGAACAAAAAAGGCGAGAAGAAUGGCAAGGGUUUACGUCAUUUCUCUAUGAAGGUUUGUGAGAAGGUACAGAGAAAAGGAACCACCUCAUACAAUGAGGUGGCAGACGAGUUGGUUGCAGAAUUCACUACCACUGAUAAUCACAUUUCACCAAAUGAAUCACAGGCUUAUGACCAGAAGAAUAUUAGACGACGUGUCUAUGAUGCCUUAAAUGUCCUUAUGGCCAUGAACAUUAUCUCUAAGGAGAAAAAGGAAAUCAAAUGGAUUGGUCUACCUACUAACUCGGCUCAGGAAUGUCAGAAUUUGGAGGUGGAGAAACAGAGAAGAAUUGAAAGAAUAAAGCAAAAACAGUCUCAGCUACAAGAACUCAUUCUACAGCAAAUUGCCUUUAAGAACCUCGUGCAGCGGAACCGUCAGGCAGAGCAGCAGGCAAACCGACCUCCCCCUUCCAACUCUGUCAUCCAUCUGCCUUUUAUCAUUGUGAACACCAGCAAGAAGACAGUGAUCGACUGCAGUAUUUCAAAUGACAAGUUUGAAUAUCUAUUUAAUUUUGACAAUACUUUUGAAAUUCAUGAUGAUAUAGAAGUACUAAAACGAAUGGGAAUGGCUUGUGGGCUAGAAUCUGGAAGCUGUUCAGCAGAGGACCUAAAAGUUGCAAGGAGUUUGGUUCCUAAAGCUCUGGAACCAUAUGUGACAGAAAUGGCUCAGGGAUCAAUCAGCAGUGUAUAUGUCACAUCUUCAUCAGGUUCUGCGUCAAACGGCACAAGAUUUUCAGCCAGUGACUUUUCCAAUGGUGGAGAUGGAAUGUUGGCUACAAGUUCCAAUGGAUCUCAGUAUAGUGGCUCCAGAGUUGAAACACCAGUUUCUUAUGUUGGGGAUGACGAUGAUGAUGACGAUGAUUUUAAUGAAAAUGAUGAUGACGACUGAUGCCCUUUGCUUGUAGACUAUUUUUUUGUUAAAAUUCAGCAGGCUUCAGGAAUAAAUUGUUCUAGGGAGAAGUGUCUCAAAUUACUUUGCCCCAUCCCCCAAGGAGAAUAUUGGUAAGCAGUUCUGAGUUUAGAAAUUGCACCUCUGAUAAGCAAACAAGGAUUGUUUUAUGUAGGAUAUUUUUAAAUGUGGUGUGGAUGUGUGUUUUUGAUACCAGUGUGUUAAUGCAGAGCCUUUAUUUACUCUUGUUUUAGGGGUUUUUGGUUUGUUGGUUGUUUUUUGUUUGGGAUUUCUUUUUUACUUGAAGGAAAAAGAAUUUUGCCCCAAAUGUUCUUUCAAAGUUUGCUAAAGAAAAUGUAGACACAUCAUUGAGAAAUAAAAUACUAUCCUUCUGUGGAAAAUGAA